CAGGACCAAGAUGGCGGCUUGAAAGUGUAGUUUAUUGUAGCGUCUAGUUAUUGACCAAAAUAAUGGAUUUAUCUCCUGAUUAAUAAAUAUAACCAAUAAUCAAGGCUAACUGGUUCCUCAUCCAGGAUUUCAUCAUGUAUGAAAGCACAAAAAACAUGUUUUUGACGCGUGCGUUGGAGAAGAUCUUGCACGACAAGGAGGCAAAGAAAUCGUACCAUUCACAGCUCAGGAAAGCUUGUGAAGUUGCUCUAAAAGAGCUCAAUGACACUCAUGGUACUACAMCGUCAGAUCAGACUGAAGGGAGUCCAUCUUCAGUGCUUCCACUACCAAAAGAUGCRAUGCCAUUCAUUUAUGCCGACAAGUACUUCCUUCCUUUUGAACUGGCCUGUCAAUCAAAAUCCCCACGCAUUGUCACAACUGCUCUUGAUUGUUUACAGAAAUUGAUAGCCUACGGUCAUUUGGCUGGUGAUAUACCUGACAGCACAGAACCAAGCAAGCGUCUAAUAGAUCGUAUCAUUGAAACAAUCUGUGGGUGUUUUGUGGGAGUUCAAACCGAUGACAGUGUUCAGCUGCAGAUUAUUAAGGCGCUCUUAACUGCUGUUACAUCCAACACCUGUGAAGUCCAYGAAGGAACCUUACUGCAGGCAGUGAGGACAUGUUAUAAUAUCUACCURGCCAGCCGUAAUCUCAUCAAUCAAACAACAGCUAAAGCUACKCUUAGUCAGAUGAUAAGUGUGAUAUUUCAACGUAUGGAGCAACAGGCUGCACUUGAAGAAGAUGAAAAUACCAAAGACAGUGAAACAGAAAGCAYAACAUCAAAAGAAGAAGAAGAGAAGGCAAAGUCAAACUCUGACACAAACAGUAAAGAAGAGACAACAAGUGAAAAUACUCCUGGGAUAGAACAAGAAUCAUCCGAACAUGAUGAUACACCAACACAAGCAGAAAACAGCUCUGAUUCUCAACCAAAGUCUGAAAGUGUUUCUGAUCCAAACACAGAAAAYAGCACAGUAGAAACACCAGAAGAUGCUACUCAGGAUAACUCCAUUGAAAAAGAUAUUGACAAACCAAAAAGUGAAUCAGAGGUAGAAACAAUCCCAACUGAGCAAGAUGUUGACGAAGGRGUGGAUUUACAGGAUGACCAAAUUGAUGAUGUCCCAAAAGAUGAUGAGUCACAAAGUGACGAACAAAGCAAACCAGAUGAAGUUCAACUAGAAGAUAAUGAGCAAACAGGUACUGAUGAAAGCAAGUCAGGUCAGUGAAGCACWGUAGUAAUGGAUCCAAAAUAGUUUGC